GGAUUUUAAACAAUGAGACGGUGUUUGUUUGAUGUGAAAUAUGCUACACGGAGGGUUGUAUGUGGUGUUUGCCACAUGUGUCGCCCUGGCAGCGGCCAGGGGGUCACUUGAAGGUGACCGAAUCCUGGAGACUUUGAACAGCAUCGACUCGCGUUACUCUACUGAUGUAUUUGAAGAUGCACGCUUGGAUGUUCCAGAUCUUAUCAGGAAGUAUCGUUAUCCCGUGGAAGUUCACAAUGUGACGACACAGGAUGGCUACAUUCUGCAAAUGCAUCGUAUUCCCCAUGGACGUGACGCCAACAAUGUUCCCAACCGAAAGAAGCCAGUUGUGUUCAUCAUGCAUGGACUGCUGUCCUCAUCUGCUGAUUUUGUUAUCAUGGGUCCUGGCUCCGCCUUGGCAUACAUUCUUGCGGAAGAAGGUUUUGACGUAUGGAUGGGUAACGCUCGUGGAAACUACUACUCUCGCAGACACACCAGUCUGAACCCUGACGCUCUCCUGAGCACCAGAUACUGGCGGUUCUCUUGGGAUGAAAUAGGAAACAUUGACCUCCCGACUAUGAUCGAUUAUGCUCUAGACGUCUCUGGAGAAGAAAGGUUGCACUAUGUUGGUCACUCGCAAGGCACUACAGCCUUCUUCGUGAUGGGCUCCAUGCAACCUGCUUACAACCAAAAAGUUAUUUCCAUGCACGCUCUGGCCCCAGUAGCUUACAUGGCGAAUAACAGGAACCUUCUUUUGAGGGUUUUGGCUUCAUAUUCGAAUAAUAUUGAAAGCAUUGCUUCACUGAUCGGUAUCGGCGAGUUCAUGCCCAACAGCGUUGUCUUCACGUGGGCUGGUCAGGCGUUGUGCCGCGAUGAAGUGAUUUUCCAACCAAUUUGCAGCAACAUCUUGUUCUUGAUUGGUGGAUGGAAUGAAGAUCAGCAUAACUCGACCAUGAUGCCCGCUAUAUUCGGCCACACCCCUGCUGGUGCGUCGGUGAGGCAGUUAGCUCACUACGGUCAAGGAAUCUCCGACAGAGGUUUCCGUCGCUACGACCAGGGAUCUCGUCUAUCAAACUACAGAACAUACGGAUCAUUCAGGCCACCGAGCUAUGACUUAUCUAAAGUUACCACUCCAGUGUUCCUUCAUUACUCUGACAGCGAUCCAUUGGCACAUGUUAACGACGUAGACAGAUUGUUCAGGGAACUAGGUAGACCCAUCGGCAAAUUCCGAAUUCCCCUGAGGUCCUUCAGUCAUCUUGAUUUCAUAUAUGCUAUUAAUGCCAAAGAAUUACUUUAUGACAGAGUGAUCAAUCUUAUUAAGGCUAUGGACGCCAACGCAUUCGACGAGGCUUAAUCAACAAUUAAAAAAUUAUAUUAUAAAUACUGUUUGCACAUGACAGCGAGCAGGCAACCGUA